CAUUCUUUCCCCGCGCUACUUAUUACAUCUAUUCAUGCCACUCCAUCUCUAAUGUAAUCAUAUACUUACAGUGUUUUAACUAUACUUUUGAACAAUGCGGUCUGCCCUCUCCACUCUUCUCUCGCUUGGAACUCUGCUGCCAGUUAUUCGUGCGGAGUCACCAUGCUCUCCUCCAAUUGCUGUUCCGAAGACUGGCGCAGUCGCGUCAGAAAGCAGUGUCUGCAGCAAAAUCGGGAUUGAUUUGUUGGCGAGUGGCGGAAAUGCCGUUGAUGCAGUCGUCGGGACCAUAUUUUGCGUUGGUGUUAUUGGCAUGUACCAUUCAGGCAUUGGCGGUGGCGGCUUCAUGCUAUUGCGGGACAAGCAUGGAGAGUACGAGUUUAUUGACUUUCGCGAGACAGCCCCAGCAGCAGCAUUCGAGAACAUGUUCAAAGAUAAUGAAGCACUUAGUCUUACCGGAGGCCUUGCAAGUGGUGUUCCCGGUGAGCUGCGUGCCACCGAAUACGUCCACAAGAAGUAUGGCAGUCUUCCAUGGGCGUCAGUUAUUGAACCUGCGAUAAAAGUUGCGCGAGACGGUUUCCGUGUUACAGAAGACCUCGUGCGGUACAUGGAUUCUACCUCACCAAACAACUUUCUCGUGGAUGAUCCGUCCUGGGCUAUCGACUUUGCGCCAGAUGGCCGCAGGGUUCAACUGGGCGACACAAUGACUCGCAAACGCUACGCAGCAACACUUGAAUCAAUUGCUCAGCGUGGAGCUGAUGCCUUUUACAAAGGGCCCAUCGCUAAUGCCACCAUUGCUGCUUUACAGAGGGUAAACGGCACCAUGACGCUUGAUGAUCUUCGCAACUAUACUAUCGCUUUGCGCCAACCAGUGCACAUCAGCUACCGUGGCAACAAGCUCACCAGCACUAAUGCUCCAUCAUCCGGUGUCGUCGCACUAUCCGCGCUCAACACAGUAGCGGGCUAUGAAGACUUUGGUCUUCCGGCUAGUCUCAAUCUGUCUACCCACAGGCUCGACGAGGCAAUCAAAUUCGCAUACGGUCAACGUACAAAGCUCGGCGAUCCGUUCUUCGUGAAAGGUCUCGACAAGUAUACAAAUCAAAUGGUUUCGGAAGAAACGGGGAGAGAGCUCCGAUCCAAAAUUUCAGACAUAACGACGUACAAUGUUAGCCACUACGACCCAGACGGGCUGGAAUCUAUCGAGACUCCUGGUACGUCUCACAUUGUGGCCGCUGACAAGAGCGGCAUGGCUAUCUCCGUAACAACAACAAUCAACACGCUUUUUGGUUCACGUUUGAUGAUCCCAGAAACUGGUGUCAUCAUGAACAACGAGAUGAACGACUUUUCUAUCCCUGGCAGCAGCAACAACUAUGGCUACAUUCCUAGCGAAGCAAACUUUAUCCGCCCUGGUAAGCGGCCACUCUCUUCAAUCUCGCCAAUAAUUGGGGAGACACCCGAUGGGCGCUUGCACUUCGCAGUUGGAUCCGCUGGUGGUAGCCGCAUUACGACAGCGACAAUUCAACUCGUUGUGCAUAUGCUAGAUCAGCAAAUGUCGGCACCCGAAGCGCUUGAACAACCACGCUUCCACGACCAACUGGUUCCUGCGCAAAUCACAUUUGAGUAUCCUUACAACAAUGCUACCGUUGCCUAUCUGAAAUCGUUAGGCAACAAUGUGACUUGGCUAGCGCCUGGCCAGAGUACCGCCCAAGCCCUGCGCUUGCUCCCAAAUGGCACUUUUGAGGCAGGUGGCGAACCCAGACAGAAGAACUCUGGCGGAUUUGCUAUUUAAGCAUGUAACAUAGGGUAGACUUAGAUAUAAUGCAUGAUGUAAAGCCACAGUAUUUAUACUACUGUACUACUUUGUAAUGUGUUUGAGUCGGAUGGUCCCAGAGACAUAAAUUGUAUCGUACG